AUGGAUGACCCUGAACUUGACAAGAUUAGGCAGCAGCGUCUUGCUCAGCUGCAGUCACAACAUGGGGGGACUGGUGAUCCUAGCAAUGUUCGAGCUCAAGAAGAAAAAAUGAAGGCUAUGGAAGAAGCCAAACAUUCAAUUUUAGCCCAAGUAUUAAGUCAAGACGCCAGAGCCAGAUUGAAUACAAUAAAACUGGGAAAACCAGAAAAAGGGGCUAUGGUCGAAAAUAUGAUUUGCAGAAUGGCACAAACAGGGCAGGUUCGCACUAAAAUAUCUGAAAAAGAAUUAAUUGACAUACUAGAAUCUGUAAACCAACAAAUGCCGAAGACUUCCAGUACUGUCAAAUUUGAUCGCCGAAGAGCUGCUCUUGAUUCUGAUGAUGAUGAUUUCCAGCUU